AUGAUGCAUAAGUCUUAAAAAUAAUAUGAGAAAUUCAAAAAUCAUCUUAAAACUUAAGAAUAAGAAUAUAAUGACAUAUUUUAAUAAUAAAAAAUUGAACCAUAAACUCAAACUGUAAUUGAAAAAUAAUAGAAGAGAAGAUCUAAAAUUCGUAUAAUCUUUACUAAUAAAACAAUUUAAUAAUAAUAUCCUGAAUCUUAAGAAUCAAAAUCUGUAGCAAAGAGAUCUUGGCAUAAAGAACUUGAUAAUUUAAUCAAUCCCUCAGAAAUAAAGGAUGGUAAAUUUUCGAAUGAAGAAAAACAAUAAAUUAUGGAUAUUGUGCAUAAUUACUAAAUUUAAAAUAAUCUAAGUGAUUAAUAAUUAAAGGAUUAUAUUGAAUUGAAAACACUAGGUCAUUCUAAGAUUUGGCUAGAAAUAACAAAGUAUAUACCAACAAGAACAGUGGAUUCAGUAUAUAAAUUAAUAAGACGUAAGAUGGAUAGUAAGAAUAGAUAAGGAUAUUGGAAUAAAGAAGAAGAGAUUGAAUUAAUUAGAUAUGUAUAAUAAUAUGGAAGAAAAUGGAGAGAAAUUAGUAAACAUAUUAAUAGAACACCUGAUAAUAUAAGAAACAAGUAUAAUUAAAUUGGAGAACAUAAUCAUUUAUUUAGAAAUAAAUCUUUUUGGACGAUUUAAGAAUUUCUUAUUCUUAUCAAUAAUAUUCAUUCUUUAAGUGGUUAUCCUCUCUUAUUACCAAAUUAUGAUUAAAUUCUCAAAAAAAGAUUUGGAGAUAACUUUGAAUAAAUCACUUUUAGACUUAAUUAUAGAAAAAUGAAAGUUGAAGAUAAAGAUAUAUUUGAUUAACUAAAAUCUAUUGUUAAAAUACCUUAAAAUAUAGGAGUUACUAUAAAAUGGACAGAAAUAGCAUCUGAAAUUAAAACAAAAACAAAAGAUGAUUUAAGAUAAAUGUGGUAUAAAUUGAAUGGAAAUAAAUUUUGA